CAUGAUCUCUAAGGGUGCACAAGAGUUUCGAAAAUGGAUCUCUGACUUUGGACGCAGUCUGAAAGUCAAAAAGUCAGAAUUCAUCACAUGGAUUUUUCAUGGUGAAGAUGAUUCUCUAGUACAUCAAGACCCAGAUGAACGGUCAUCUUGUUGUAAUGGAGAGUCUAUGGAGAUGGUUAUUUUCAGUAAUGAAGAUAAGCAUGAAAAUGCCCAAGAAAGUCAAGAUUUCUUGAACGAUUUAAGUGAAAUUCUAAAUUGUAUUGAAGGCAAAGAGAACAAUGAUUUGCCAUCGACUUCUCAACAGGUUGACGACCUAGUUGAAUACCAAACUACUUUUUUCGAAUUUCAUGGGAACAUGGCUAUUUCCAGUAGAAAUAACAUCGAAGAUGUUCAACCUGAGGAUCAAGCCCUACAUAUAGGAAAGUAUGGAGUGGAAGAGAACGGUGAUGAAGAUCAUGAUCAACGCCAACAAGUUCACAACCUAAAUGAAGGACAAACUGAUUUUAUCGAAGAGUUUGAGAACAUUAAUGAAAAUAAGCAACAUAUGAAAAACGGUGUAAACAGUGCUCUUGAUUUGCCGUUGAUGUCUCCUGGUGAAAACCAUGAAGAACGUGAACGAGUUUGCAACCAAAGUGAAAGGCAAAUUUUACAUUUUAUAAAAUAA